UUGAGUCUGAAAAACUUCAGAUCACACUGCAUCAGAGUCGAGAUCGCCCAGGUCGGUUUGAAGUCUGACGUCCCAAUUCAGAAGCCACAUCUUGGACUCAUCUCAGGAUGCAAAUCAAGAGAAUCAGGAUGCUGUUUGGCUUCUGUGUAUUGUCUGUUGGGUUUUUCCUGGACAUGGGAGUGUGCACUGCAGUGCAAUCAGAGCUGAGAAUUACAACCAUAAAGCAAGAGCCAUAUGCAGUGUCCAAAGGCUCACAACUGGAAGGCUUUUGCAUGGACCUGCUCUCUGAAGUAGCCAAGAAACUGGGCCUCAAGUACAAGGUGCACCUGGUGAAGGAUUCUGCAUACGGCAGACAGGAUGAGAGCGGGAACUGGAAUGGGAUGAUUGGAGAGGUGGUGAGAGGGGAGGCCGACCUCGCUAUUGCUCCGCUGACGCUCACUGCAGCCCGGGAGAAAGCGGUGGGGAUGACCAAACCGUUCAUGCAGACAGGAAUCAGCAUUCUUCUGAGGAAGGACAUCUCAGAGGGAACGGGCCUCUUUGAUUUCCUGUCUCCCUUUACAGCCAAGACCUGGGUCGGCAUACUCAUCGCCUACCUGGGGACCGCUGCUUGCAUCUUUUUAGCUGCCAGACUCAGCCCAUGUGAGUGGAGUCAGCCUCAGAGUGAGAAAAACAAAUUCAGCCUCCUCCACAGCCUGUGGUACACAGCUGGAGCUCUGACUCUACAAGGUGCUGGCCCUCACCCCAAAGCUCUUUCAGGACGUGUCAUCUGCUGCAGCUGGUGGUUAUUCACCAUCGUCCUCCUGGCAUGUUAUUUCUCUAACCUCAGCUCCACUAAGACCUCUGAGUCCACUCACCUCACAGUGAAAGGGUUUGAAGACUUGGCCAAUCAGGACACGAUCGAGUAUGGCUGUCUGGGUGGCUCCUCCACCCUUGCCUUCUUCAAGAAUUCAAACAAUCCAGUGUACCGCAGAAUCUUUGAACACAUGGAGAGAACCAAGAGUUUUGUCUCGUCUAUGGACGAAGGGGUCUGGCGUGCAAGAGAAGGAAACUUUGCCUUUAUUGGAGAGUCUGUUUCUUUGGACUUGGCAGUAGCACGUCACUGUGAGCUGGUCAGAGCUCAUGAAGUGGUUGGAAUGAGAGGAUACAGCAUUGCUGCCAGCCUUGGCUCACCCAUCAUAAAGAACCUCAGUGUGGCAAUCCUACAGCUGAGCGAGGAAGGGGAGCUGGCUUACCUGCGGAGCAAGUGGUGGGCCAGCAGCUGCAUCGCAGACAAGGCCAAGUCGUCAGCUGGGCAGCCGCACAGCCUCAAUGGGCUGUUUCUGAUUCUUUCCCUGGGCCUGGGGCUGGGAGCACUGCUGGCUGUCCUGGAGCUCACCUCCAAGAGCCGCAGAAGUGCAGCUGAGCAGAGGAAAUCCUGCUGCACCGUGCUGACUGAAGAACUGACUCUGCGCUUGAGGACAAGUAAUGCGAACAAACCCCAAGAAAAUGUUGUCAUAGAUAAAGAAAAAGCAUAAAAAACAUGAACAUAGUUUUAUUCUUAGGAAAUCUGACAAUAGUUACUUUUAGCUUUGAUAGCUGAGCAUUUUCUUAAAUGUAGGUCUUGAACUCCCUUGCUUGAAUAUAUAUCAGAUUCAUCAGAAAAAAAAGAAUAUUUUACAUCUGCAUAUAAAAUAAUAGGACUCACAUUUUAUUAAAAUAAGCAAUUUAUUGAUUUUAAAAUAGUACUACUAACAUUUCAAUAAAAAAGCAGACAUGGAUUUUAUAUGAUAAAAACAAUCAGUGAUCAGUGUUAACAAUAAGACUAACAAAUAUUGCUAGUGUGCUUAGUUUACUGAUACUUUUAUAUGAGUGCUUUAUGCUGUUUUGUACAGUUGGCAAUGGCGUCAGAUGAUUCAACAAUGUAUUUAAAAAAACUAUUUCAUGCAUACAAACUGUGUUAAUUGUAAACAUUACAGCGGGCCUAUAACAAUAAAAAAAUAUAUCUAA